CCGAAAACUCUGGUACACUUUUGGACUGCGUUCUCUACACACUGCUCACUAAGAAACUUUGCCAACAUUAUUAUUUUUUAUUUUUCAAUUUGUGAUUUGUUAAGCUUUCAAAUUACAAAAAAUGUCAGACUUUGUUCUGUAGAUUUGAGGGACUCAAGAGACAUUGUUAGUAUAGAAAAUGUCAGACUUUGAAAAAUCAGAAUGGUACAACUCACAAAGGAGUCUUCAAAAAGUUUUUUAUUGUGACUGUAUCAGGAAGGCCCUGGAAAGCUUUCUUCCUUCCUAUUGUAUCAUUGUAUUCAUUCCAACAAAAACACAGGAUUUCACGAGAUCAACGUACAUUCUGAGAAUCAAGGAUGGAAGAAACAAUGACAGAUGAUCAUGUUCUUGAAAGGAAAUGGAACAGUUUUUUUUUAGGGUUUAUUUAAGACUAAAUUAGAAGCCCCAAAUGACUUAAACUUCCGGAUGCCUGGAUACAUUUUAAUUUUUAAAUUUUUAUUUAUAUGUAUUCAUUUUUAAUUAUACCUGUAGUACCUUGCCUAACAUUUGUUUUGCAGAAAACUUUGGUGUACGUACUACAGUAUUUGGGGAGGAAUUCUCUCAGGUUAAUAGAAAACAGCUGCAAACUGAAGAAAAUGUGUAAAGGAUUGAGCAAGGCCCUGCAAAGCAUUUUAAUAACGUUACUUAUUUUUCAGCAAUUUUUUACCUCAUUCCAAGGAAUUUCAUCCCAAGGUCUUUCUACUGGCUUCAAAGCAUAUGGAUAUAAAGCUUUAGCUGGAGAGCCAUUUGUAAUGCAAUGUGAUUCACCUUAUCAAGGCUUUCUAUACAACAAUUCGGAAAAAGAUGUUCAUUGGUUCAAAUACCCUCAGAAUGGAAGUGAUGCUCAGCACAUCAUCAAUGGAAAGAAUAACAUUAUAAAGGAGGGAAAUUCCCUGUGGUUUACAGACAUAGAAGACAGACAUUCUGGCAUAUAUUCUUGUAAAUCAAGAGAGCACAGAUUCUUCUUCUUCUUGGAGGUGAAACAGAGAAAUGAAACUAUCUGCCAAGAUUAUGGAGAAAACAGAAAGUUUUUGCUGAUGGGCAGAGGUGAAGAGAUAAAAUGCCCUGGAGUGAGCUGUUACAUUACACCAACAAAUGUGUCUAUCAGAUGGUAUAAGAAUGCAAAAUCUGCCAUGAAUAAAAACAGAGGGAUGAGAAUUGAACAAGACAAGCUUGUCUUAUACACCAUCUACAUAGAGGACAGUGCCAACUUCACCUGUGACUAUGAUUAUGUUGACAAAAUUAAUUGGACAGUGCGAAGGGUAGUGAAAACCAAAGUCAUCCAAAAGGAUACAGAGAGACCGCCACAGAUUCUUAAUCCUUACAGAAGCAUGACUGUUGAAGUGGAAUUAGGGAAACCAUUUACUCUUCAUUGCAAAGUGCAAUUUGGCUUUGAAAGAAACUUCACUCCAGUGAUUAAAUGGAUGAUGCAUUACAAUGAAAAUUCCACAAGUAUUUUACUUGAAAUGGACAGGCCACGAACUGUGGAACAGACCAUAGGUGAAGAAAUAAUUAUUCAGAGUGCUCAGCUGAAGGAAGUGACUGAGCAACAUCUUGAGGCCACAUUCAUAUGUUUUGCACAGAACUCUAAAGGCAAUGAAACCAGCAUAUUGAAGCUAAAGAAGAAACCAGAAGUUCCUGGACUUUUGUACAUAAUAAUUGGACCUAUUGUGACAGUUGUCACCAUCUCUGUGUUCAGUGUUGUGGUGUAUUAUUAUUGGAUUGAAAUACUUCUUAUAUACAGAAACUACUUUACAUUUAAUGAAGCAAGAGGAGGAAAAGAAUAUGAUGCCUUUGUAUCAUUUGCAAGCAACUCUUCCUCUGAAGAAGCAAUUGGUGUGACCGAGGAAACAUUUGCCCUCCACCACCUUCCUGAGGUUCUGGAGCAGCAGUGUGGAUACAGGCUGUGUCUUCUGGAGAGAGAUGUAUUACCAGGCGGAGCCUACACCGAAGACAUAGUUUCGUGUAUCCAGAGAAGUAGAAGAGCAAUUUGUAUCUUAACUCCAUUUUACUUCCUCAGCCCUUGCCUCUUUGAACUGGAGUCAGCACUCAAAACUUUGCUGAAGGACAAUCAAUUCAAAGUUAUUUUUAUUAAGUUUAAGUCUCUCCAUGAAAUAGAGACUCUUCCACCCCUUGUCAGGAAGGCUCUCAAGGUCUUUCCUGCAUUAGAAUGGAACCCUGUGGAGUCCUUCCAUUCCGAUUCAAAAUUUUGGAGGGAUCUUAAGUCAGCCAUGUCAGUUAAAAAAAUCAGUUUUUCCCAUAAAGGUGUCCAGCUCCAUGAUGCAUCACGUACAGUAGGUAAACUGUACUGAUCUACAAAUUGAUGGGUUAGGACGUUUUUGUUUACAUGGUGCCGUCUGUAUGACAGAUGGCACAUAUUUACAGUAUGUUACUCAGGUAUAAUAUGGCUUGCCAAGUGUCUGUUCCACCCCUCCAGUUUCAAAGCUAAAGUAAUAUCUGACCUCCUGUUUGAAACUAAAACUGUCAGUAAUAUUAAAGAGAAUUUUACCAAGCCUGGUUUUGGCAGCACUAGACAUAUACAGUUUGAAAAAUGAAGGAAUUAUUUUAUAUGUACUGUACCUCAUCAAACUCAGUAUACUCAAAGUUAAAUGUGAAGCAUCUUCAUUUUUUUCACUGAUCAUUUUUUUUUUAUUCAGCCUCUAAGAAAACGUACAUUUGGAGUCCCAUCUCAUAUACUGAAUACACCCAAAAAAACAACAGCAUUUUUUACAAAAAUACAGAAAGAAAAAGUGAAUAUUCUUAGCUUCUAAAUUGUCCUCCAUAUUAACUAGCCUUCAGAAAGAUUCAGAAAGAUAGUUUAAUCUGUUUGUUAAAUGAAGUAUAUUUUAUCUAUGAUAUAAUGCCAUGUUUUAUAAAGACCAAAUGAAAAGCAUAAAAAGACAAUGUAAAGCCUGGUACAUUUUAUUGAUCUGAACGUUUUCACAGAAAAUAAUGAGGUUUGACAUUGAGAUUUGGUUAUCUUUCCUGUAGCCCAAAUAAUGAAUUAAAUGUGUCAGCUGACAGCUGACCAAAAUAACUGGAAUUGAUAUUUAACUGCUAAUUAUUAAACACCACGUACUUUGUUAUUACUUAGGAACAGAGCAUAAUAUAUGAAGGAAAACAGUCAAAAUAAUAGUCUGUUGCAGAAGCCUUUUGUUUCAGUAUAAUUUGAACAAAAGUUGUAGAAUGGUGAAUUCAGACAGGCAAUUAGAAACCUGUUUAUGUGUAAGCUUCAGUACUGUGUUCCCAUUACCUGCUUGUUGCAGUGCUUGUGUUUAUUUCAGAAAACAUGAUGAGACAGAACAGAUUCCAUUUCCAUUCCAUUUUGAUCCAGCUGAAUUCUGUAAACUUCAUAUAUAAAAUAAGAUAGUUAUAAUUUAGGUCAUUUCUAUUUCACCUGUCUUUCUAAACAGAUUCAAUUAUAAGUUAACAAAUUUAAAAACAUCCCUCAGUGAAACAAAAUUAAAGAUUGCCAUUUGUGACACCAGAAAUGAAUCAAACGGCUAUGGAAUUGAGACUUCAUCUGUUAGUCUGAAAUGAGUAUGGGAAUAUAAUUGUAUUAAAAAUAAAGGGUAGAGUUUAAUAUUUAUUUAAUAUAGGAAAGGCAUCUCUUGGAAUUUUUGUGUUGGACUGUUUUUUGUGUUAUAUAUAUAUACAGUAUUAUAUAUAUUUUUAAAAAUUGCAUAUAAAAAAAUAGAAAUGAAAAAUGACUUCAAAUUUCAGGGAAAUACAUUGUGAAGGCUGUAAAAUUAUACAUUUACCUCAGUUAAUAACAGUACUUUCACUUUGAGCACAUAUAUUUCACUGUUGCUUAUGGAAAAAAUAUAGCUAUUUAUUAUUAGCAGUUUGACCAUGUAAGAGUUCAUUUCAUGCUUAAAGGCAAAAAAAGAAACACAAUGUUUUGGCUAUGGAGCCUUCUUCAGGUGUGAGUGAUUGAGACAAAGUAGCAGCUAAAUAAGGCAAAGGAGAACAAACGACAGCAUAGGUAAGAAGGGUCAGGGAGCAGUGGGGAAAUGUGAUAUGUGUUUCUUUUCCUUACCUAUGGAAGGAACUUUUAGAAUUAACUGUUUCUUUUGCUGCUUACACAUGCUGAUGCAGCUAUUUGAAUGUCUUAUUAGCAAUUUAUUGUCUAUAGUAUAUACUGUAAUUAUUUAAAUCUUUGUAAAGAAAUGUAUAUGUGAAUAAAGGAACAGUGUUAA